AUGUCGCGUCUGGACUUUCUCAAGCAAAGAGCGCCCGAGAACUAUGUAGCAGGCCUUGGACGAGGUGCAACUGGAUUCACUACACGAUCAGACCUUGGACCAGCGAGAGAAGGCCCAAGCCCCGAGCAGAUACAAGAAGCGCUUGCAAAGCGAGCUGCAGCGCUUGGAGCUGCACCACCCACAGCAUACGGAGCGGCUGGCAAAAAGCCUGAAGAACAAGAAAACGAGGACGAUGACCGGUUUCAGGAUCCAGAGAACGAGACGGGACUUUUCGCACAUGGUCUAUACGAUCGGGAAGACGAUGAGGCAGACAGAAUCUACCAAGACGUAGACGAGAGGAUGGAAAGAAGACGCAGGCAAAGAAGGGAAGCACGAGAGAAGCAAGAGCAAGAAGAAUAUGAUCGAAAUAAUCCGAAGAUAUCCGCACAAUUCGCAGAUCUAAAACGCUCCCUGGCAACAUUGAGUGAGGACGAUUGGGCGAACCUGCCAGAUCCUGGUGACUUGACUGGAAAGAAUAGACGGACCAAGUUGAACCAGAAGAACAACUCCAGAUUUUAUGCUGUGCCUGAUAGUGUCCUUGCGGGCGCAAGAGAUUCUGGACAACUCGAGACGACCGUGCAAGACGAGGGCACUGACCAGAAAGAUGGCACCAUCACAAAUUUUGCUGAUAUUGGCGCAGCCAGAAACAAGGUCUUACAGGUAAGGAUGGAUCAAGCUGCUCAAACGGAUACUGCCUCGGGCACAGCGACCAAUAUCGAUCCCAAGGGAUACCUAACAAGUCUAGCCACUUCCGAGCUCAAGUCUGCAGAGGUCGAAAUUGGCGACAUCAAGCGUGUCAGAGUGCUCCUUGAGUCAGUCAUCAAAACGAACCCAAAGCAUGCCCCUGGCUGGAUCGCCAUAGCUCGACUUGAAGAACUUGCUGGAAGGAUUGUUGCUGCCCGAAAAUUGAUAGCACAAGGUUGUGAUCAAUGUCCGAAAAGCGAGGAUGCUUGGCUCGAAAACAUCAGAAUGAACGAUAACGACAAUGCGAAAAUCAUUGCAGCGAAUGCUAUCAAAAACAACGACACAUCUACCCGCUUAUGGAUCGAGGCAAUGAAGCUGGAGUCCGAGCCCAGAAAGAAGAAAAACGUCUUGCGCCAAGCUCUUGACCAUAUUCCACAGUCAGUUGCAAUCUGGAAAGAAGCAGUCAACCUGGAAGAAGAUCUUGCUAACGCACGCUUGAUGCUUGCAAAAGCCACCGAGACUAUCCCUCUCUCUGUCGAGCUAUGGCUGGCCUUGGCGCGACUCGAAACACCAGAACAUGCUCAAGCUGUGCUGAACAAAGCGAGGAAAGCGAACCCGACAAGCUACGAAAUAUGGAUCGCAGCUGCACGACUGCAGGAACAAAUGGGACAAAUGGACAAGAUCAACGUCAUUGGCCGUGCUGUGAAAGCACUCGCAAAGGAAAACGCCAUGCUGAAGCGUGAAGAGUGGAUCUCUGAAGCAGAGAAGUGUGAAGAAGAAGGUGCUGUUUUGACUUGUCAUAGCAUUGUCAGAGAAACAUUAGGUUGGUCGUUAGACGAGGACGACGACCGAAAGGAAAUUUUCAAGGAUGAUGCAAAGGCAAGUAUUGCUCGUGGUCGUUAUGAAACAGCCAGAGCUAUCUACGCCUAUGCACUGCGUGUUUUCCCUACUAGUCGGGCUUUAUGGCAUGCAGCAGUUGACCUUGAACGUGCGCACGGCACUAAGGAUGCAUUAUGGCGGUUACUAGAGAAAGCGGUCGAAGCUUGUCCACAGUCAGAAGUGUUAUGGCUGCAACUCGCACGAGAGAAAUGGGAUGCAGGCGAGAAAGACGACGCUCGCAGAGUCCUUGGUAAUGCAUUCAACCAAAAUCCUGGUAACGAAGAGAUUUGGCUUGCAGCCGUCAAGCUUGAAGCAGACGAUGGACAGGUGGACAAAGCAAGAGAGUUACUGAAAGCUGCGAGAGAAGAGGCAUCUACAGAGCGAGUGUGGUAUAAGUCUGCAGCUUACGAACGACAACUUGGCAAUGUUGAUAUCGCACUCGAUCUCGUCCUACAAGGUCUAACUUCGACGCCUGUAAACGGCCGCGAAACGAGGUUCCCAAGAAGUGCCAAGUUGUGGAUGAUGAAGGGGCAAAUAUACGAAGACGAAGGUAAGAUACCACAAGCGCGAGAAGCAUAUUCCCAAGGCACGAAAGCGUGUCCGAAGAGCAUUCCAUUAUGGCUGCUUCGAGCUCGACUCGAGGAAAAGGCAGGGGUGGUGGUACGAGCUCGAUCUGUACUUGACCAGGCGCGGUUACAAAAUCCGAAAAACGCAGAGCUAUGGCUCGAAAGCAUCCGAGUCGAACGACGAGUAUCACCCAACAACCCUGCCCAGGCAAAGACGUUGAUGGCGAAGGCGAAGCAAGAAUGUCCGAAAUCUGGUCUUCUCUGGUCAGAAGAUAUCUGGUACCUCCAACCAAGGACGCAACGAAAGCCACUUUCGCUCGAGGCCAUCAAACAGGUGGACAACGACCCGGUGCUGUUCGUGACCGUGGCACGCAUCUUCUGGGGUGAGCGCAAACUGGACAAGGCCGCCUCGUGGUUCGAGAAAGCGAUCGUGUUAGAUAGUGAUAUUGGUGAUACCUGGGCUUGGUACCUGAAGUUCUUGGGACAGCACGGAACCGAUGAGAAGAGAGAGGAUGUCAUUUCAAGAUGUAUGGCUGUUGAGCCCAAGCAUGGUGAGGUGUGGCAGAGAGUGAGGAAGGACCCGAAAAAUGCACAGCUCAGUAUUGAGGAGGUGUUGAAGAAGGUGGCAGAUGAAGUGCAGUGA